AUGGACCUUGAGCCAGGAACCAUGGACUCCGUCCGCGCCGGGCCCUUCGGUCAGCUCUUCCGUCCCGACAACUUCGUCUUUGGACAGACAGGAGCUGGGAACAACUGGGCCAAGGGUCAUUACACUGAAGGUGCGGAACUCAUUGACUCGGUGCUCGACGUCGUGCGGAAGGAGGCGGAAGGCAGAUCACAUCCCCAACGUCUUGAGAGGCUUGAGUUCAAUGAUACGGCAAAGAGACCACGUUUCUGCAUGCCUUACGGAACGCGUGUUCAUAUUCUCACGCAGCGCCCAACCAUCGCCUGUUUAUGGUUCUACUGA